CAAAUAACCACACUGUGCUAGAAAACGAGAGAGAGAGAGAGAGAGAGAUUAGAAAUUGGUGUGGGUCGUCGUUCUUCAUUUUCUAGGGUUUCUAGGGUUUUCAGAUUUAAGUGUGAGGAUGAGUGAUAGGUUGACCGGAACGGUGAAGUGGUUCAAUGACCAGAAGGGGUUCGGCUUCAUCACCCCGGCGGACGGCGGCGAGGAUCUCUUCGUCCACCAGUCCUCGAUCCGAACCGAAGGCUUCCGGACUCUCGGCGAUGGCGAGUCCGUCGAGUUCCAGAUCGAGACCGACAACGACGGCCGCACCAAGGCCGUUGAUGUGACCGGCCCGGAGGAGGGUCCCGUUCAGGGGAGAGGAUCCGGAGGCGGCGGCCGUGGCGGUGGAGGCCGUGGUGGCGGGAGAGGUGGCCGUGGAGGCGGGAGCUACGGCGGUGGCGGAGGCUAUGGCGGCGGGGGAGGUUAUGGAGGCGGUGGCGGUGGAUAUGGAGGCGGUGGAGGUGGGAACUGUUUUAAGUGUGGUGAGGCUGGACACAUGGCGAGGGACUGCUCGGAGGGAGGUGGUGGUAGCUAUGGAGGCGGCGGCCGAGGUGGAGGCGGUUACGGCGGCGGAGGCGGUGGGAGGUACUCGGGAGGCGGAGGCGGCGGCGGCGCUGGUGCUUCCAACGGCUGCUAUCAGUGUGGCGAAACUGGUCAUUUCGCAAGGGAGUGCCCUAACAGAGGCUGAUCAUGAUGAAGAAUCUGUCUGUUUGGGUAAUUUGGUCAUUUUCGAUUUUAGUCCUUUUCUCAUCUCUGGUUGUGUCGUUUUAGGGUCCGGGGUUCAUGAAUGUUGACUCCUUUUCAAGUAUGGGUCUGCCCUACACCUAGUGUGGGUUGCUUUUGUGGGUCAGCAUCUUUUGUUGCAAGAAGAAAAAUGGUUAUGAAUUUGAGUCAGGUUGAUGUAUUAUCUUUUCGUGUUUAAGUCGGUGAUAUUUUAGGUCGGUAUUUGGUACUUUCGGGCAGAAUGUGGAUUAUGUUUUGUGGUUUGAUGGAUGAUUUCAUACACAGUAAUAUACUCUGCUCUUGGUUAAA